AUGGCAACAGACAACCACACGACCAUAGUGGACUUUGUCCUGCAGGGCUUCUCAGAAGACCCCCGGCUCCGGGGCCUGCUCACGGCCCUUUUCCUCUUCCUCUACCUGAUGGCCCUUGCAGGAAAUGGCCUCAUUGUCACAGCCGUCAGCCUGAGCCCAGUUCUGCACACCCCCAUGUACUUCUUCUUCACCAACCUGGCCGUUUUGGACAUCGUCUGCACGUCCACCAUUGUCCCCAAGCUCCUGGAGAGCCUAGUGGUCUUCGCAGACAACAUCUCCUAUGGGGGCUGCUUGGCCCAGCUCUUCUUCCUGACCUGGUUCCUGGGGGCCGAGCUGCUGCUGCUCACAGCCAUGGCCUUUGACCGCUAUGUGGCCAUCUGCCGGCCACUGUGCUAUGGUGCCAUCGUGAGCUGGCCACUAUGCGCACUGCUGGCCUCAGCUGUGUGGAUAGUCAGUGCCAUCAGCACGUCCGUGCAUACAGGCCUCAUGGCACAGCUGAACUUCUGCAGCCCUAACCGCAUUCGGCACUUCCUGUGUGAGAUCCCCACCCUGCUGCUGUUAUCCUGUAGCCCUACGGCCCUCAACAGCAUCAUGAUCAUCAUUGCUGAUGUCUACUUUGACGUGGUCAACUUCCUGCUCACCUCGGCCUCCUACGGUUGCAUCGUGGCCAGCAUCCUGCGCAUAUGCUCGGCCGUGGGCAAGAGCUGUGCCUUCUCUACCUGCUCCUCUCACCUCCUGGUGGUCACCUCGUGCUACUCCACCGUCAUCUACACCUACAUCCUCCGGGGCUCCGGCGCCUCCAUGGAGAACAGCAAGCUGGUGGCCGUGCUGUACACAGCGGUCAGCUCCGCCCUGAACCCACUCAUCUACACACUUCGGAACAAGGAUGUGAAAGCAGCACUCCGAAAGGUGACCCCCUUCUCCCAGUAA